AUGGAUAUCAUCUCUCAACUACAAGAACAAGUUAACUUGAUUGCCCAUCUUGCUUUUAAUACCAUUGGGACAUUUCAAAGUGACGCUCCUCAUAAUCGGCUGCCACCAAAUUACCCUGAACCACCUGCACAUCCUACAGAGGAUGCAACAAAUUUUGCAGAACAGCCCAAGCUUAUGAGUGCUGUGUUGGUAAAGGCUGCAAAGCAGUUUGAUGCAUUAGUUGCUGCGCUUCCUGUAUCUGAGGGAGGGGAAGAAGAACAUCUUAGGAGGAUUGCCGAAUUACAGGCUGAAAAGGAUGUAAUACGCCAAGAACCUCAGAAGCAAUUGGAAGCUGCAGAGAAGGAAUUAAAUCAGGUGCAGAAGUUAUUUAGGCAAGCAUCAGAUAAUUGCUUGAACUUGAAGAAACCAGAUUAA